AGUAUAGCAUGAGAAAAUGAAAUCAGAUGCUUAAUACUGAAUUCUUGCAGGUGAAGAGGCAAAGAUCUUGAUACUGAUUAUGACCACAAAAAAUAUCUAUCCAUUCCAGAACUAAUUUUUGCUACAACCAGAGACUGAAAUGGCAUGACUGGAGUUUUAAGUAAUUUGAGUUUGACAGUUUCACCAUUUUCUAAGAACUUGGAGCAGAAUUUGAACUCUACGUCUGCACUGUCCUAGGUUAUAAUGCCGUCCUUUUCUAAUGAGGGAGAUAACCGUGGAACCGAUCCUCUGACUUUGAGUUCAGAACUACCCUAUCAAGGCACAACUAAAAGAAAAGUCAGAAAGAAGAAGAACAAUGGAGCCAUCACUGCAAACAUCGCUGGCACAAAAUAUGAAAUUGUACGUAUAGUAAUAAAAGAAAUGGGAUUUGAGAAAACACCUGAUGAAGAUGAAACAGCCAAUCUUAUCUGGAGUGAUUGUGCUGUGCAGCAAGAGAAGAUUGCUGAGCUGCGGAACUAUCAGAGAAUCAACCAUUUUCCAGGAAUGGGAGAGAUAUGCAGAAAGGAUUUUCUGGCAAGAAACAUGACUAAAAUGAUCAAGAGUCAGCCUCAGGAGUACAGUUUUAUUCCUCGGACGUGGAUCUUCCCUGCAGAAUACACACAGUUUCAGAACUAUGUAAAAGAACUGAAGAAGAAACGUAGACAGAAAACUUUCAUAGUCAAACCAGCUAAUGGUGCAAUGGGACAUGGGAUCUCUUUAAUAAGAAAUGGAGAAAAGUUACAAGCUCAGGAUCACUUAAUUGUUCAGGAAUAUCUUGACAAACCAUUUCUUAUGGAAGGCUACAAGUUUGAUUUACGUGUGUAUAUUCUUGUAACCUCCUGUGAUCCAUUAAAAGUAUUUUUAUAUCAUGAUGGACUGGUGAGAAUGGGCACGGAAAAGUAUCACCCCCCCAGUGACUCAAAUUUGAGUCAACUGUAUAUGCAUCUGACUAACUACUCUGUCAAUAAACAUAAUGAGCACUUUGAACGGGAUGAAACAGAAGACAAAGGAAGUAAACGCUCCAUAAAAUGGUUUACUGAGUUUCUAGAAACAAAUAAUCUUGAUGUCUCCAAAUUCUGGAGUGAUAUUUCAGAGCUGGUGGUGAAGACUCUCAUCGUUGCAGAGCCGCAUGUUCUUCACGCGUAUCGCAUGUGCAGGCCCGGGCAGGCUCCAGGCAGUGACAGCGUCUGCUUUGAAGUCCUGGGGUUUGACAUUCUGCUGGACAGAAAACUAAAACCAUGGCUCCUAGAGAUUAAUCGUGCCCCAAGCUUUGGAACGGAUCAAAAAAUAGACUAUGAUGUAAAAAAAGGUGUUCUGCUGAAUGCAUUACAACUUCUCAACAUACGGACAAGUGAUAAAAGGAGAAAUUUAGCUCAGCAGAAGGCUGAGGCUCAAAAAAGACUGUAUGGUCAAGGGUCAAUGAGAAAACUGUUGCCAGGCUCCUCAGACUGGGAGAAGCAGCGCCACACGCUGGAGAGGAGAAAAGAAGAGCUGAAGGAAAGACUUGCACAAGUACGUAAACAGAUUUCCAAAGAGGAGCAUGAAAAUAGACACAUGGGGAACUACAGGCGAAUUUACCCUCCUGAUGAUAAGACAUUACUUGAAAAGUAUGACACUUUGUUAGCCACUGCUUUCCAGACCUUUCUUGCUGGAAGAGCAGCUUCACUGCAGCGGGAAAUGAAUAAUCCUUUGAAAAGAAUGAAGGAGGAGGACAUUUUGGAUCUUCUGGAGCAGUGUGAAAUAGAUGAUGAAAAGCUAAUGGGAAAAUGCACCAGGCAGCGAGGACCUAAGCCCUUGUGUUCAAUGCCAGAAAGUGCACAUUCCUUAAGGAAAAUUAAGAACCACAGUAGUGAUAGUAGCUGUGAUAGUGGUAGCUGUGAGUCAGAAUCGGGAGAGGAAACUGAAAAGGAAGAUCACAAUGAAAAAAAAGAGAAAAAAGUUUCAUAUGAUCUUGAAGAAAAUAAAUACAAACCUCUGGAACGAUCAGGGAGAAUGAACUGGAAAGCCUCCAAUAAACCUGUCAAAUCUCCAUCGUACUCGUCCCCCACGUCCUGCCCAGGCCCCAUGAGGCGCUCAGUGAGCUGCCCUCGCUCCAUCUCAGUGCUCACUGUGCAGCCCCAGGCAGCUGAGCCACGGCCCUGCUCAGCCAAAGCCCCUCUGCAGCUGCAGAGAACAGCCUCAGUGAACAGGUCUCACUCCUUGAACCGCAGCCCAUCCUCAGCCAGAGUCUCUCACACAGCCACCUUAGGGACUGGGAACUCUCCAGGGAGCUUUCCAUCUCUAAAGUCAGUUAAUAGAAUUGGAAAGACAUUAAGAUUGUGUCUUCACAACAAGGCGCCGAAGAGUGAGUCUUUGCUGCAACAGAAAACAAAAGAGCAAGAAGUUGCUUUGACAAAAGAGACUCUUCUCCUUAUCAAUGACAUGAGAAUCAAGUUCCCAGGAAAAACAGAUGAAGAAUCUGAAUUAAUUAUAGAAGAUAUUAUGGAUAAUUGGAAGUAUCAUAAACCAAAAGUGUCAUCCUAUUGGUUGGUAAAACUGGAUCCAACAAAGCAACGAAAAGUUUUGGAUAUAGUCAGGACAGGUGUUCGUGCAGUUCUACAGCAUGUGUGGAAAGCUCCAGACGUGGAAAGUUUGCAUCUCUACCGUCUGUUUAACCGGGUGUUUAGUCGCUUGCUUUGGAGCCGUGGUCAGGGCCUAUGGAACUGCUUCUGUAAUUCAGGGAGCUCUUGGGAAACCAUGUUCAGUAAAAGCACAGAGGUGGUGACUCCUGAGCAACUGCAGUGUUGCCAACGAAUAGUACAGCUUUGUAAACGCUGCCUGCUGGUAGUUUACAAAUACUCAUCAGAUUCAAGAGGAUCCCCAACUGGGAUUAGGCACCACUGGGAUGAUACAAGAUCCCUCAAAGUCACUGUUUCCAGAUUUGCAUUCCUAGAGGUAUCCUAACAUGUCAGACACUUGUGGCUCCACAUUCGCAGUGGGAUGCUAUAGGGGCACAGCUCCAGCCCAGGGUCAGGUAUUUUUUGCCAGGACCUUCACUGUUCAUCCUGAAAUCACCCUCAUCCAAACUUAGCUGCAGUUCAUCUGGAAUGCCUCGCCCUAACAUUUUGUUCACACACAGAUACAGUCACUUGUGAAGUUAAAGGAAAGUUGCUGUUUGUAAAUAAUAGCACCAAUAUUUUUUUUUCAGUUUAAAAUUUGUGAUGAAGCUAAAUGUAAACACUGUUAUAUAUUUCCUACCAUCAUAUUAUAAUAAAAUUUAGCUUAAAACCUACUGUAAAAGCAUAGCUUUUCUGGGAACAUAAUAAAUCUUGUUGUUUACAUACACAUGUGAAUGUGUAGAUCUUGCUAGGUUUAUAAGUAAUUCCUUCCUACUAGAAAUGUUAUUUUUGCUGCAGAAUAUAUAAAAUGGAAUUGAUCUUGAAAGUUCUAUUACAGUAUUACAUUAUUUUGUAAGUAUAAUACUUUGACUUGAAAAUUAUUUAUUGUAAACUAUAUUAUUUAUUGUCUCAAGUGUAAUUGAUCCUUUAACAAGGCAGAUAAUUAAAAAACUCUAGUAGAACAGUAAAACUGUAACAGGCAUUGAAAAUAAUAUGAUCAGUUCUUGGACAUGUUUAAAAUAAAAGCCAAAACUCUGUAAGCCAAACCUAAAGCAGACAUAUUUUUAUUUCUCCUCUGAAAUGACAAGAUCUAUUUAAUGCUGCUAUUUUUCUUAAAGGACACGAUAUAAUAUCUUUUAGCCAAAGCAAAGGCAUCUAGUAGACAAACAGUAAAAUAUCAGUUAAGCAUUGACUUUCUAACUGCAUUAUUGUGAUAAAAUGGAAGCCAAUGUUUGUUUCCAGAUUUUUGGUCCCAUUACCCAUACCCUGUGCCUUUAGGUUUCCUUUGGGAGCAGGAAGUCAUCUCCAGCUGCCCAAGCAUGCAUAGUGCACAGUUCUUCUGUUUUACUGCACAAGUGGUAAAGCAGACAUUUUAGGAAUUACUGCAGCUGUAAUGUAUUGUUUCAAACUUAACCUAAUUGGUUUGUUGUAGUUUUUAGCAUGCAAUCCAGUACCUCCUGUGGAAUGUAGCCUUGCAAUGGACAGUAUUUUCUACAUUGCUGACAUGGUUACAUGUUGGAAAUGUAGUUCAUUUGAAAGCUCUCACUCAGAUCCAGCUUCCUGGGGCUGGCUGAAGGGCACAAAAAUAAAACAAGCCAGAGCAGGAACUUAGUAUUAACAAGAUUUGUAGCCUGAAAACAUCAUUCAGGUUUUGCUACAUACAGCCAUUCAUCCCACUCAGCAUUGUGUCAUGUGAGCCUUAUUCAUUAUAGAAAUAACUAUUAAACAAAUCAGUUAAUCUAGAUUUAAAAAUUAAUUAAGUUUUUUAACUGAGUAAAGAACAGAGUAGUUAUUAUUUACCAAAGACUUGUGUACUUACCAAUCAUUUAAUCCUGACAUGUGUUUGUAAAUUAUUGAUGUAUUUCAGGUAUACUUAAAAAAAUAAUUUGGGGGCUACUUAUCCUCAGGAGCAAGUAUGUUAAUAGUUUUUGAUAUCCAGCAAUUUAAGACAAAUUUAAGAGACUUAAGAAAUUUGAGAUUGAAGUUGUAUGGAAAUGCGUUGAUUUUGGUUUUGGUUUUGUUUUUGUUUUUACUUUAGUCAUAGGAUAUAUAAAACUGGGAAUUUGGGUGAGAUUUUUGAUGCCUGUCUGUAGUGCCUCAGCUCUACAACUGCAGAAGACUAUUUGUAAACAAUUAAAAAACUCUCUUGAGAUUAGCCAGAUAAAAGCAGUCUUUUUGUCUGGUGAAGUCUUUUUAAUUUUUGUGGUAAUAUUAGUUCAGUAAUAUAACAUGUUUGCAUUAAUUGUAUAUCUCUUUUGGUCCAUACAGUGACUACUAAAGCCUAUCCUGGUUAUCUGUAAGACCUAAUAAAAGCUGUAAAUUUUCUCUCCUUGGA